AUGGGGGCAGCAGCGGGCGGCCGUGCAGAGGGGGAAGGGGAGGCCGCACAGAAGGCAGAUGGAUGGGAAGCAAGCAACUGGGUAGGUGAGGGCGAGGGAGGAGAAAGGGAGGAGAGAAGCGGCAAGGGAAGGGGCAAGGAGGAGAGGAUUGGGGAGGAGAGGUGGAGGGAGCGGAGGAGUAUGGAGGGGAGGAGAAGGGAGGGGAAGAGAAGAGAGGAGAGGAGCAAGGAGGGAAAAAGCAGGGCUGGGAGGAGAAGAGAGGGCAAGAAGGCAGCUCGUGAUGCUGUGAGUGACGCUGUGAGUGACGCUGUGAGUGGUGCUGUGAGUGAUGCUGUGAGUGAUGCUGUGAGUGAUGCUGUGAGUGAUGCUGUGAGUGAUGCUAUGAGUGAUGCUGUGAGUGACGCUGUGAGUGAUGUUGUGAGUGGUGCUGUGAGUGAUGCUGUGAGUGAUGCUGUGAGUGGUGCUGUGAGUGGUGCUGUGAGUGGUGCUGUGAGUGAUGCUGUGAGUGAUGUUGUGAGUGAUGCUGUGAGUGAUGCUGUGAGUGAUGUUGUGAGUGAUGCUAUGAGUGAUGCUGUGAGUGAUGCUGUGAGUGAUGUUGUGAGUGAUGUUUACCCUCUCCGUUCCCUCCUUCCUCGUCCACAUGCGUCCCCCACCGCUCUCAUGGGUGCAGGGGAGGAGUUCUUUCCUUUCCCCUCCAUAGAUUGCGAUGAUGCACCGUGUGCUGGCAAGGGCUGA